AUAAAGGGGAAGUGGGAAUUGGCCAGGCUCCCCUUAAAACGGCUCUGGUUGUAGUCUUUCUUUUUUUUCUUUUUUUAAGGAAGAAGAGGGACUCCAGCAUAAGGACGUAGAAUACGGACAAAUAAGAGUAAUUCAUCCAGUCACACUGUGAGCCAAGAGAAGUGCAUCUGAAGCAGGAUGUCGGCCAGAGGAGGGAAGAAGAAGACCACCAAACUGUCCCGCUCAGCUCGGGCGGGGGUCAUUUUUCCUGUUGGGAGAAUGAAGAGGUACUUGCGUACGGGCACCCAUAAGUACCGCAUUGGCAUGGGCGCUCCUGUAUACAUGGCAGCUGUCAUCGAAUACCUGGCAGCUGAAAUUUUGGAGUUGGCUGGUAAUGCAGCACGAGACAACAAGAAAGGCAGAAUUACUCCUCGGCACAUCAAACUAGCAGUGGCUAAUGAUGAGGAGCUCAACCAGCUGCUUAGAGGGGUGACUAUUUCAAAUGGUGGUGUCCUGCCUCGUAUCCAUCCUGAGCUGCUCUCUAAGAAGAGAGGAGGGAGGGUGAAGGUUGACACACAGGUCUCGGUCCCAGAGAAGACGGAGAAACAGGUCAAGAGCAACAAGAGAUCUGGCAAAAAGGGCAGAGGAAAACCAGGUCGCAAACCCAGGAAGAAUACAGAGAAUGACAAAGAGGCAUCCAACUCGACAGUGGAUGAUGGACCAGGAGAGGGAUUUACUGUUCUCUCAGCAAAGAGUUUGUUCCUCGGACAAAAGUUGUCUCUUGCAGAGAGUGAACUCAGCAAAAUUGGAUCCAUCAAAGUGGAGGGAAUUAUUAAUCCCACAAAUGCAGACAUUGAUCUGAAAGAUGGAGUUGGUAAUGCCCUGGAGAAAGCUGGGGGGAAGGAUUUCUUGGAUGCUGUGAAAGAACUGCGGAAAACACAAGGCCCUUUGGAUGUUGCGUCAGUCGCGGUUAGCCAGGCCAGUGGGAUGGCAGCGCGUUUCAUCAUCCACUGCAACAUCCCGCAGUGGGGCUCAGAGAGGUGUGAGGAUCAGCUGGAGAAGACGGUAAAGAACUGCCUCUCUGCUGCAGAGGAGAAGAAGCUUAAAUCCGUGGCCUUCCCAUCUCUGCCAAGUGGAAGAAAUGGUUUCCCAAAGCAAACUGCAGCCCAAGUGAUACUGAAGGCCAUUUCAAACCAUUUUGUUUCAGCAACCACCUCCUCAUUGAAGAACAUUUACUUUGUGCUGUUUGACAGUGAGACCAUUGGGAUAUAUCUGCAGGAAAUGGCCAAGAUGGAUAGCAAGUGAUGACCAUCCAGCAGUUGUGUUGUUCGCAAGUUUCAUAGUCCGGAUGCUAGACUGUCAGUUUUUAUCAGAUAAAUUAUCUGUACCAAAUCAUGAAAAUAAAGUAAACUGACGGGCAUUAGCAUCCAGGCUAUCAGCAGCAGUUGGUUUUCUUGUGGGUAUAAUUGGACUGAAGGUACUGUAGGUAUAGUCAGAAAAGAAAGUGUAUAAACAAGGGUGUUUGUGAGUGAAGUACUGUACGCGUUUAUGUUACACUGUUCUCCUUUAUGACACUCAUUUAAAGUAGAAAUUAAUUUUUGCUGUUUCUGUUUUUAGACUGAUCUUGUUUUUACAUUCCAUGUUGUACAACAACUUUUGACCAUUGUUUUUAGCUAGAUUUCCUGUGUAGUUUCUGAUACAGUUAGUUUACUAAGAAAAAAAGUGUUUCUCAUUCUGAUUUGAAAUAAAACCAGAUGUUUUACACCGUA